ACAAUGUUGUGUUGAAUUAUGAUAUAAGUUCAAAUAGUUUUUUAUUCAGUACAAAUCUAGUAUUGUGUAAAUUCCCAAUGCGAUCCCUUUUUAAGGUGCGACUGCUCUUGAGUGUUGGGUAAUUACGGUAAUGUACAUGCGCAGUAGGGUCGGGCAAAUCAAGUGGUGCUGAAGGAGGAGAGAAGGAAAACAGUGGCACGGAAAGACAGAGCGAGCGAGAGAGAGAGGGGGUGAGGGAGAGGGACAGCGGAGAGCGGAGAGAAGUUAGAUGUUUUUUUUCUUUGACGCCGUGUCUGUGCGCUCGAGAACAUCGAUCGGGAUCAUCCGUGAUCCGUGAAAUCACAGUGUCACAGCGGCUUCUCACAAACGUUUCAGGGGCCACGAUGAUGAUGGAGGAGUCUGUAACGACAUUCGAGACUCAUCUGACUGCUGUCAUGGACAGUUUGAUCCGAGCCUCAGUCUGCGAGAUCACCAAACUCUUCCAGGAGACGGUGAAAGACUACCUGGUGGAGAUGUCCCUCAACAGGAAGGAGAACGAGGCUCUAAAGCUGCGCCUCAGGCUCACAGAGAGCAAGCUGAGGACCGAGCGCAUGUAUGGGGUAGGCUGGGCUUCCCACCGCCGCAACGCCGGCCUGGCAACGGCUGCAGCUGGAGAGGAGCAAGGGGGAGCUAGACGGAGGCACAAACGGAAAGUUGGGGUGACCCGAAGCAAGUCAAAGAAGGGCCCAGCAGCAGCUUAUGCCAAAGGCUGGUCUGGAUGUGUGUGGGAGGAAGAUGGAGGUGGAGGUGGCAAUAGCAAUGUUGGGGGUGGAAGCGGAGGAGGAAAUGGAGGAGCUGCAGGGGUGGCAGCAGGAGCAGGAGGAAUAGGGGGAAAGGAGGCCAGGGAGAUGUACCUCAUCCAGUUCCCUGGGGAUGAAGAGGAUGAGGGAGAAAUGUUGGAGGACGAGAGCAGCCUCAGCGGUGAGGGGGAGGAGACGGCCAACAUCAAAGAGGAGUUUCCUCAAACAGAAGGCUACCAACCUGCCUCUCUGGGCCUAAUAAAGGAGGCACUGAAAAUGUCCAACAAGAACCUCCGCACCUGCUCCAGAGCCCAAAGUGAAGGAGACCUGUCAGAUUGUCCUCCCACAAUUUACCCAGGAAAGAAAGAGGACGAAGAUUGGGAAGCAGGUUCAGCAUCAGAACCGUCAGAUGGCAGCAGGUCCUGGGAUGAGCUAAUGCGUCUGGAGUCGCAACUGAGGGUUGAGGACAGAGCUGAGAGAACUGCCCUGGUGGCCUCAUCGCCUGUCAGUCCUGAGAUUCCUGUGGUGCGAGGCAGUGAAAUGAGUUCAGUGCCCAAAUACAUAGGUCUGGACGGCAUGGAGCAGGAUUCAGAACUGGAGCCUCAGCCACCCACGUUGGAGAGAGAGGAUCAGACAGGGCAAGGCAGGGCGAAGAACAGCGUGAGAGCCGGUGGGGAGAUGAGGUCCGGCUGGACAAAGAAAUUGAAAGAGGCGGAUUUGGAUGCAGUUGAGAAUGAAAAGGACGUGAUAGAGCAGGGAGAUUCAGAGCAGCCACCUCACCUGUCUGCCCCCGGGAGUGCAGGGGAGAGCGGCGGGGAAGAGGAGGGUGGCGGAGACCUGCUUCAUUUUUGCCCCCAAUGUGGAGGAGGCUUUCUCUCAGAAGCUGAGCUGGAUGACCACCCAUGUCCACUGGGGGGCGCCCAUUUACAGAGCAGCAGUGGAGAAGACGGUCUUUUUCCUUGCGCUCACUGUGGCAACACAUUCAGCCACGCGUGGGCCCUUAAGAACCACGAGUGUGCCUGCGCUGCAGAGCGGCCGCACUGCUGCGAGAUCUGCGGGAAACGCUUUACACAUUCGCGCUCCCUGGAACGACAUCAUCUAGUGCACACAGGAGAGAGACCCCACCGGUGCCCACAGUGCGGCCGCAGUUUUAGUCGCCUGGGCAACUUGGAACGGCAUCAGCGCAUACACACGGGUGAACGUCCAUACGGAUGCGAGGCGUGUGGGAAGCGCUUCAGCCGUGUGGAGUACUUGAAGAGACACCAACUCAUACACAGCAGUGAGAAAACAACACUACAGUGCUCCAACUGUGGGAGGGGCUUCUGUGACGUGGAGCAGCUGAAAAACCAUCAGUGUUUUUAGAGACUCUCCUUCAAAUGUGUGCGAGAAAAAAACCAUAACAAGUGGCUGGUACCAACUUAUUUUGUUCUGUGCGACUUUGAAAAGAUCACAGGAGAAAACUCACUUGAUGAUAAAAAGCGGAUUAUUUUAUUGAGUAAGUUAAAGAGAAGCAGAGCAAAGGGGAAUCAACUGUUUUCAAUGGCGAUGUUGUCAAUUUUUACCAAGGUUUCACUUAUUUAUGACAUUUAAUAAAUUGUACAUUUUUUUUAUCUUUUUAUCAGCAAUUGUGUUCAAUCAACCUGAAGGCCUUGUUCUUUUUCUUGUACACUACAGUCGAAGUUCACUUUGUUUUGUACAUGUUAACA